AGAGCAUUGCACACGCAGGUGAUCCGCUAGACUGGGUCUUAUCAUUCAUUUCUGUAUCGCUCCACUCUUUCAGGCCGCCCCUACGUGAAUUUCUCCCGGAUUUGCCAUCUCUAACAUGGACGCCCGGUCGGAAUGUUGCUACUUUGCACAGUGAGUCGGACAUGCGGAGUAUCGCUGAUCGAGUGUCCUCUUCUCUAUCAGUGACCAUGCCGUGAUCACGGAUCGCAUACGAGAAAAUAAAAAACACGUCCAAAACAGAAAUAAGUGGGAAUCUUACGGUGACAUGCAGUGCAUCACAGACAUCAUGAAGAUUUGCUCCCCUCUUACAACUCCUGACAGAUCCAAGCUGGUGAUGUUGCUGGUUUUACUGUGUGUGGGAUAUUCUCAAGGAAUGCCACAUGUGUUACGAUUCGGUGGGAUAUUUGAAUCGAUCGAAAGUGGUCCAUCAGGUGCUGAAGAACUUGCCUUUAAGUUUGCUUUAAAUACAAUCAACAGGAACAGAACUUUACUGCCAAACACUACACUAACAUAUGACAUCCAAAGGAUAAACAUCCAUGACAGUUUUGAGGCCUCCAGAAAAGCGUGUGACCAGCUCUCUCUUGGUGUGGCUGCCAUCUUUGGCCCCUCCCACAGCUCCUCUGCGAAUGCGGUGCAGUCCAUCUGUAAUGCUUUGGGGGUUCCACACAUCCAGACCAAGUGGAAGCACCAGGUGUCAGACAACCGCGAUUCAUUCUACGUCAGUCUGUAUCCGGACUUCUCCUCCAUCAGCAGAGCUAUUCUCGACCUGGUGCACUUCUUCAAGUGGAAAACGGUCACUGUGGUUUACGAUGACAGUACAGGUUUGAUUCGAUUACAGGAGCUCAUCAAAGCUCCAUCCCGUUACAACAUUCGCUUAAAAAUCCGUCAGCUACCAGCAGACACAAAAGAUGCCAAGCCGCUUCUUAAGGAGAUGAAGAGAGGGAAAGAGUUUCAUGUGAUCUUUGACUGUGGUCAUGAGAUGGCUGCUGGAAUCCUUAAACAGGCUCUGGCAAUGGGAAUGAUGACUGAGUAUUACCACUACAUAUUUACCACCCUGGAUCUCUUUGCGUUGGAUAUGGAGCUGUAUCGGUACAGCGGAGUGAACAUGACUGGAUUCCGUAUUCUGAACACUGAGAACAGUCAGGUGUCGUCCAUCAUUGAGAAGUGGUCCAUGGAGCGCCUGCAAGCACCUCCCAAACCUGACUCGGGCCUGCUGGAUGGUUUCAUGACAACAGAUGCUGCCCUGAUGUAUGACGCAGUGCAUGUGGUGGCUGUGGCCGUCCAGCAGUCUCCUCAAAUCACAGUCAGCUCACUCCAGUGCAACCGCCACAAGCCCUGGCGCUUCGGCAACCGCUUCAUGACACUCAUUAAAGAGGCACACUGGGAUGGCUUGACCGGACGGAUAAAUUUCAACAGAACCAACGGCCUGAGGACAGAUUUCGAUCUGGAUGUAAUCAGCCUCAAGGAGGAAGGCCUGGAGAAGAUUGGCACGUGGGAUCCUGCAAGUGGUUUGAACAUGACUGAGCACCAAAAGAGAAAGACAGCAAAUGUGACAGACUCUCUCUCCAACAGAUCGCUGGUGGUGUCCACCAUACUGGAAGAGCCCUACGUAAUGUUCAAGAAGUCAGAUAAGCCUCUGUAUGGCAAUGAUCGUUUUGAGGGCUACUGCAUCGAUCUGCUGCGAGAGCUUGCUGUCAUUCUGGGCUUCACCUACGAGGUGCGACUAGUGGAGGAUGGGAAGUAUGGAGCGCAGGAGGAGAGCACGGGCCAGUGGAACGGCAUGGUCCGAGAACUGAUGGACCACAAAGCUGAUCUUGCAGUUGCGCCCCUGGCAAUCACGUACGUGCGGGAGAAGGUCAUCGACUUCUCCAAACCCUUCAUGACGCUGGGGAUAAGUAUACUGUACCGCAAGCCCAAUGGCACCAACCUGGGGGUGUUCUCCUUUCUCAACCCCCUCUCCCCCGACAUCUGGAUGUAUAUUCUGCUUGCUUACUUGGGUGUCAGUUGUGUGCUGUUUGUCAUAGCCAGGUUUAGCCCCUACGAAUGGUAUAACCCCCACCCAUGCAACCCCGACUCGGAUGUGGUGGAAAACAAUUUCACCCUGCUAAAUAGUUUCUGGUUCGGAGUUGGAGCUCUCAUGCAGCAAGGAUCUGAGCUCAUGCCCAAAGCCCUUUCCACCAGGAUAGUAGGAGGCAUUUGGUGGUUUUUUACCCUAAUCAUCAUUUCCUCCUACACGGCCAACCUAGCUGCCUUCCUCACUGUGGAGAGAAUGGAGUCUCCGAUUGAUUCAGCUGAUGAUCUGGCCAAACAGACCAAGAUUGAAUAUGGGGUAGUGAAGGAUGGUUCCACGAUGACCUUCUUUAAGAAAACGAAGAUCUCCACGUAUGAUAAGAUGUGGGAGUUCAUGAGCAGUCGCAGGCAUUCGGUGAUGGUGAAGAGCAUUGAGGAGGGAAUUGAGCGAGUGCUAACCUCUGAUUACGCCUUCCUCAUGGAGUCAACCACAAUUGAAUUCGUCACCCAACGCAACUGCAAUCUCACACAGAUCGGAGGCCUCAUUGACUCCAAGGCCUACGGAGUUGGCACUCCAAUGGGCUCUCCUUACCGAGAUAAGAUCACCAUAGCAAUCUUGCAGCUGCAAGAAGAGGGGAAGCUGCAUAUGAUGAAGGAGAAGUGGUGGCGAGGAAAUGGCUGUCCCGAGGAGGAGAAUAAAGAAGCCAGCGCGCUGGGUGUCCAGAACAUCGGUGGCAUUUUCAUCAUUCUGGCCGCUGGACUCGUUCUUUCUGUCUUUGUGGCAGUUGGGGAGUUUCUCUAUAAGUCCAAACAAAAUGCACAGCUGGAAAAGAGGUCCUUCUGCAGUGCCAUGGUUGACGAGCUGCGGGUUUCCCUCAAGUGCCAACGGCGACUCAAACACAAGCCACAACCACCCGUCAUGGUCAAAACAGAUGAAGUCAUCAACAUGCACACCUUCAACGACCGAAGAUUGCCAGGCAAAGAGACCAUGGCCUGAAAGGGGCACCAGCUCUCCCUCUCUCUUGAUCCUGGAGAAGUCGGUUUUCUAUACGGGGAUGGGAAGAUUGUCAUUUCAAACAAUUAGUUACUAAGAACAACAAAAACUGAAACAUAUUUCCUGUGGAAAUACCUUGAAUCUGGGCAGAAUUAUAGUUACCUCAUCGCUCCACAACGCCACCAGGGCAUAGACUGACCCAUGCCAGUGUUCAGGGUAACUCUUAGCAGGAAAUACACACAGCUAGAGCAGUGAGAUCAAAAUGAUGUAAGGUGGUUUGUCCGCUCAUUCAUAUUAGUUUUGGUUUGAUGACACACUGUUGUCUGUCUGGAGAGAACAACUGAGUCUGUUAGAAAAACUGCAGAGACUUGCCCUGACAAAUACAGGGACAUAGAAAGGACGGAUUUUUAAUACAUACUUGUGCUAAAUUUAUUUUAGGAGCAAAAUUAAACAGAAAUUGCAGAACUACUCGGAAUCAAUCAAUCUGCAGUUUUUAUUCAGCGGCAGAGCAAUAUCACUAAAAUAAUUCAACAUGUUUUUCACCCACACUCACAAGCAAUGGAAGCAGGGUAGGAUAACAGGCAAUAUAUGACUUCAAUUUGUUUACGUUUUAAAGUACUAUCACUUUUAGUGUGUAAGGCCAGGGAUUUUUAUUUAAUUUAAUUAGAUUUAAAAAGUAAAUAAAUAAAAAUUAAUAUACUGAAAGAGUAUGACAGUUACUCUUUUCAGUGCUGUAGUACGGGCCCCUGCUGAAUGCCACAGUGACUGAUAGGAUGGAUCUCAUGAAAAUAUUUCACCCCAAAUUAAAAUAAAGUAAAUAAAAUAAAUAAAUGAAACGGUUUUGAAAACAAAAUAUUUCUCUUUGAGAAUAUGGAUAUUUAUUUAUUUUUUAUUCCCAUUAUUCUCAAUUGUAAUUCUUAAUCAUUUUGAUUCUGGAAUUUAAAUACUGCAUUACAAUAAAUAGAUUCCAAUUAUUGCAAUGCAGUCAAUUUUACUGUAUCAUGGUAAAACCUUACUCAAAUACAACAUUUUUUUAUUUAAAUCAGCAAAUAUUAAAGGCAUUACAAUCAACAGUACCAUAAUGUAUACACAGUUUACAAUUUAAAUAGGAUAUCUUUUCUAAAUUCCCUAUUUGUAUACAUAGUUUAAUUUUAUUAUGACUCGCCACACUUUAUUUUGUAUGCCACAAACUGAAAACAGUUCUGCCAAUUCUGGUGUUUCAGUUUCUAUAUCAAUUUAUGCUUGUUCCAUUGUUGUAAUUGCAUUUCAGUUUUGUAUUACCAUUUAUAUAUUUAUAAUCUAUAAAUAUUAUAAUUAUUGUUUUAUAAUGUGAAAUGAUGACGUAAUUAACAAAUGUACAGCCUAUAAAUGCAAUGGUUUCAUCAGAUAAAGAAAGAAUAAAAUAUACAUCAUAAUAUUGUAUGAUAUAAUAGCAAUGAAGUGUUUAAUGCAGAUAAACAGAUGUACGCAAAUCACCUCAUACAACGUGCAUAUAUCAUCAUUCACAUUAAAAACUUGAAUAAUAUAAACUGGAUGUGCAAUUACAACACUAAACGAAACAGAAUUAAAACGAAACACCUCAAUUGAGGAACUGUCAUCCAUUUGCGGCAUACAAAAUAAAAGUGUGAUAUGUCAUAAUUAAAGUUAACCAUACACAUAGGGAAUUUAGAAAAAUGAAUGUGUUUAAUUGUCAUAAAAGCCUAAUGUCGAAAUGUAAAAAAAAAAAAAUGAUUUUGGGGUGAAUUAUGUCUGGGAUCUGUUCUUAACAGGUUUUGUGAAAGUCAUCCGAUAAGCUCUCCAAUAUUUGGGUGAAUUUACUCAAAAGAAUUCAAGAAACAAGAAAACUAUUACAAUGUAUUUAUUCAAGCAUUUAUGCUUUUUUACAGUCAUCACAACUAUGAAAACACAUUGUUAUUCAGUAAUAUUUUAUGUCAAGUUUUUAAUAUUCACAUUUCAUUUGAAUGUCACGUUACAUGUUUGUACUUUUGUGGAUUUGAUUUCAGAAACAGAAUCCUAAUAUAAACUUGUGCAAAUGUAAGAUUUCUAUAAAACUAAGGUGUUUUGUACAAUUAAAGAAUAUCAACAUUUUGUAAUUAUUUUUAGCCACACAAAUCAAUCAUUGGCAUCACUCUCUUGAUAUGGGGGUGUGCCACCCCAUAGAGUUUCCACUCCAAAAUUUUAAAUGAUAAUACCCUCUGAGACUGAACAUAUCCAGGACUGUGUCGCCUGGCCUCCAUGAGGAAGAGUCUGUGCCAGGGUUCAUGGUAGAUACUGGGCACACUGAGGCCCACAUGAAGGGGGAAGUGCUGAGCAUGCCCGAUAGAGUUGAUGCGACGCAUUUUGGACAAAUCCUUUUUUUAUCAUGUAAAGGAAACAUAUUUAAAGAAAGAUAUUUUUACUUGAGAUAAAUAGAAAUUAUAAAACUGAUACAAAUGUGUGAUAUAUACAUACAAAGAGAUGAGGUGAAGAGAACUGCUUCUAUCGCUUCUUAUUUGAUGCCCCAGUUUCUAAUAGACUGCUAGUACUCUGUGCCGAGACGUUGUGAGUAAAUGGUUUAAAAUGGAUAAGAUGUAUUUCAAGAUUUUUCAGAUACAAAACAAAUUUUGACCAUAAUGUGAAAACAAACUCAAGUGCACACAGUUUACUGUCUGAAGUUGAUGCACAAGUUUAAAGGAAGUCAUUAAAAAAA